CCUGAAAGAACCCGGAAGUGAUGACGUGUGGAAGGGACACGGUUCUGUGGGGUGCCGGGAUAAGCAACAGAUUGCUGGCGGAUGUGUAAUCAUUUACCGAUCCUUUGGGGUGAAAUUCACAGAAACUGCUGCCAUGGAGGCGCUUUAUCACCAGAGUAACAAGCAGGUCCAUGAGGUUCAAUCUCGUAUGGGUCUCCUGGAAACAUCUGAAAAGCAGUCUGUACACCUUGUAGAAAAUGAAAUCCAAGCGAGGAUAGACCAAAUCUUCAGCAACCUGGAGCGCCUCGAAAUACUGUGCAGUAAGGAGCCCCCAAGCAAGCGACAAAAUGCCAAGCUACGAGUUGAUCAGCUGAAGUAUGAUGUGCAGCAUCUGCAGACUGCUCUGAGAAACUUCCAACAUCGACGCUAUGUCAGAGAGCAACAGGAACGAGAGCGGGAGGAGCUACUGACACGGAGUUACACCACCAAUGGGACCCAUAAGAAAAUCCUGGACGUUGCCAACAUGCUCGGCCUGUCUAACACAGUCAUGCGCUUGAUUGAGAAGAGGGCUUUCCAAGACAAGGUGAUUAUGAUUGGCGGGAUGCUACUCACCUGCGUUGUCAUGAUCCUCGUGAUCAAGUACCUUACAUGAAAGUCCGGACCUUCUCAAACAUACUGUCCCAGUUCCUCUCUCUCCGCUGCCACCCAUUCAGCUGUGAAGAACUAAUACUGCCACUGCAGCUGGAGAGGGUUUGGAGGGCCACGAGGAGUUAAAAAAAAUGUAAGACUUCUACACUGGACAUUAAUAGUGCCGACAACCAUUGUUUAAUUUAAUUGGCUGCUACCAGUGCGCACAACUAAUUAAAAUCCAUGUGCGUUGAAGCACAGUGACUGCCGCUAAGUGGAUGGGUCAUGUUUUGGUGCAAAGGAUGGAGUUAAUAGGGUAGAAAAUUCUGGUGGGUGCAGAAAGCAAAAGCGUGGGGGGGGGGGGUUACGCUCUAGCUUCUAAGUGGCUUGAUGAAUGGCAAUGUGCAUUCUGGUUGGGGCAUUCACACCUGAUACAAGGUGAAGUUUGAUGUAGAAAUAACUGUAUACUCAGAAAGUGACAUAUUGGGGUCCACUUGGAACUGUAGAGCUGCAAGGUUACUUGAACAAAAUACUUGCAUUCAUCUGUACUAGGAUUGUAUACCAGUUGUGCCCAUUUAGGUGCUGUGGCACGAGGGAACCCUGUGCCUAAUAUCUGUCAUGAUGAGUAGUAAGGACAGGGCACCCUUUGCUUGUUGCACCUCCAGACACUCACAGUUGUGCCACCUGAAAUGCAUUCUUAUAUCCCGCCUGUGUGCUGCCCCGUACCUUGCAGUUAUGGCCAUUAGCCCACAGCUUGCUAACCAGAGCAAAAUGUUUUGCCUCUGGGAUGGCAGGUUGGACACUAGUGGGAAUCCUACCAAUUGUCACACAAGUUAGUUGUGCCCCUAGUAAUAAUAUCAGUCUGUGCCUGCCUGUGUGUUUAGAUCCUUUUGUGAGAUGAUCAAUGUCACACACUUCAAAAAUAUAGGGCAGGUUUUGGGUCCCAUCAUUCUUGCCCUGCAGGGCUGUGAUUUACCCGCUAGAACCUACCUGUCUCAGCACUAAAUGCUGUCAUUUUGGCAGUAGUCUUGUAUUUGGGUCUGAGCUGGUUGUACUGAAACUGGCCACACAAAGUAGCAUCUAUGGCUAUGUGCUUGGUUGAAAAUAGUGUUCAGUGUUGGAAAUCUGCAGUCACCCUAAAUAAACACACCCCUUGAUAUUGGCUACGUUAGUCCUUGUCAGAGCAGGGUCAUUCGUGGUUACAGAGCUCCCUCUAGUGUAUCUGCCAAGUAACACCCAUGUAAUAGGUGUGACUAUUCUAAGCUGCUACAUCAAGGAAUUGAUUGUCCUGUAGCUUUAAAGGGGUGGUUCACCUUUAACUUUUAGUAUACUAUAGAAUUACCAAGUUGAAUUAUUUGCCACCUUCUACUUGUCUAUACAUACAUACAUGUCUUCAGCUAUCACAUGAGGGUCACUGACCCUGACAGGAGUCUCUGUGAGGCUUACAGUAUUAUGGUUAUUGUUAUUUUUUAUUAAUUAUUAUUCUAUGCAGGUCCCCUCCUAUUCACAUUACUGUCUCUUGUCCAACCCACUGCCUGGUUACUAGAGUAAAUAAAACCCUAGCAACUAGAAAGCUGCUGAAAUACCAAACUGGAGAGCUGCUGAACAAAGCUAAAUUUGUGAAAAACCAUAAAAAAUAAUAAUUGUAAUCUGUCUCAGAAAAUCAAUAUCUAUCUACCUACCUUAUUUAUACCUAUAAAGGGGUUCUUCACCUCCAAAGUCCAAAUAUUAUAAAACCACCAACAAUGCUCUCAGCGUGUUAGAAAAUCAAUUUCCCAUGAAAAAUGUAAAAAGAGCACUGUAAAAGCUGAUUUUAUACCUAGAUAAGUAAUAAAAAGUAACAAGAACAGUAAAAUUGUAGCCUUGUAAAGCAGUAUUUUUUUUUUUGUUGCUGGGGUCAGUGACCCUACUUGAAACCUGGAAAGGGUUAGAAGAGGAAGGCAAAUAAUCCAAAAACUAUAAAAAAUGAAGACCAAUUGAAAAGUUUCUAAGAAUAGGCCAUUCUAUAACAUGAUAAAUGUUAACCUGAAGGUGAACCACCCUGUAAUUUAAAUGUGAAUUACCCCUUUAAUACAAUUGCCCAAACACAAGCCCAUUGUAUUGAAGGAUGUAAAGGGUCAGCUCAUAUAAAAUGUAUUUUACAAUUAAUAUACCAGAAAUAAAGAUCUGUAUGUGGCAACUGCACACGUGAAUUGAUCACAUUUUACACAAACCAGCAGGUUCUUCAUAUAAAGCCACAUUUUAACAUUUAGUAGCCCUUUAAUACCUUUCUAAUAGCCACAUGGUGGACAUGGGGUGGGUGUGAAAGGAAAGAGUGUGAGAGCAAUGGGGAGGAGAAGCGGAAGGCAGACAUAUGUGAUAGGGAGAGGAGAGAUUGAUGGAAGGGGGGAGUUGUUUAGCCGCCCAGCUCUGUAAGGGAACUCAGUGUCUGUGGCACGCAAGGUUCCCAGGGCUGCCUACCAUUCCCAGCUCUGGGUCACACAUUACACACAUAUUUCUGCACGUCUUUCACUGGUUGCCCAGAGUCAAGGACAAGCUGAAAUGCUCUGCAAUGUCAACAAACAGCCAGGAUACACCUGUCCCAGCCUCCUCUUCCCUUCUCCAGUCAUAACAGUCAGGAGGGGGUGCCGGGAGAAGAGCGAAGUUAGCACAGCACUGAAGGGGAGUGUGAUUACAAGUUGCACAUAGUUAGGGUAAACAGAUGAGGAAGAGAAAAAAAAGACCAGGACAAGAUAGAGGGGGCUAGGAACAGGCAGCCUUAAGUGCUUGACACAUUAAAAACCUACAAUUCACUGUAAACCUAAAUCAUUGGAGUUGCAGGAGGAAAAUAGGUGUUGUAGUUCUGAAAUAUCUGUAUUGGUAUGUAAUCUGUUUGUUAUGUGCACCCUAAUAUUAUAAAUACUUGUCAUUCUUAA